CCUCGAUCGAUGCUUUCCGGUUUGACGAGUAGAGUCUUCUGAGCACUGCGUGGUUGAGUUGUGGAGCUCCACAACGAUUUGAAGGUGAGGAGCGGGAUUUUCAUUUUAAGCUGAUAGUCAGCCAGCAUGGGUCGUCGCUCCUCUGACAGUGACGAUGACGGUCGGAGCAGGAGGAAGAGAAAACAGCGUCGCCGUUCGUCCUCCUCUUCCUCUUCUUUGUCCUCAUCCUCCGGCAGCAGGGUGACCAGCAGCCGGAGUCGGAGGUCCAGUCGUCGGAGCCGGUCCCGCUCCAGAGACAGAGACAGGGACAAGAGGAGAAGACGACAUUCCAGCAGCAGUUCGUCACGCAGUUCAUCGCGCAAGAGGAGGAGUCGCAGUGCAGUGAGAGACAAAGGGAGGAGCCACCGCUCGUACAGGUCACGCAGCCGAGACAGAAGGUCUCAUUCUCGCCACAGACGGUCUCGCAGCAGGAGUGGCAGCCGCAGCCGGCGAGGAAGCCACAGCCGCAAAAGGAGCCGCAGCCACAGUCGUCGAAGGAGCCGCAGCCGCAGCAGAGAGCGGGACCGGAGCCGGCGAAAGGGCCGCGACCGGGACAGGGAGAAAGAGAGGGACAGAGGAAGAGACAGAGAGAAGGACAAGAGUAAAGACAAGGGAGACAAAAAGGGGGACACCGGGAACAUCAAAGGCGGAUUAGAACAUCUGACUCCAGCAGAACAGGCUAAAGUUCGAAUGCACAUGGUCCUGCAGGCUGCAGCUAAGACGGAUGAGGUGCUAAGGGCCAAAGUAGCCAAGAGAGAAGAGGAGGCCCGGAAGAAAUUAGAGGAAGUCCAAUUCCCAGGCAUGCGUUGGAGCAGCCGGUUGUUUGGGCCUGGAGAAUCAUACAAGGGAACUUCUCUGGAGGAGCAAGUGCGAAGGAUAAAGGACAUUGAGGCCAUCGAAAGCGAUUCCUUUGUUCCUCAGGCUUUCAAAUCAUCCAGGGAUGAUAUAAAGACUGAACCGGCUGAGGUGAAGCAGGAGUCAGAGAGGGCAGAUUCUCAGGAAGUUACUCUUCCCAUGUCCAUAGUCUACUACGACAGUGACACACUUGCCCAUCCCAGUUUGUUCAUGGACAAGGAGAAGGCAGAGGAGCUGUGGCUCAACAGACUAAUCUCACUGCGACAGGAGAGGCUCAUGGGAAGUCCUGUGCCCUGAAAGACACCAGAAACCCAGAAGAUCCUUCCCAUUCCCUGGACACUUUCAAUCCAGAUCCAAACUGCAUUCAUUCAGUCAAGAUUGCUUUUAUCAUAUCUGAAAUCCCAUCAUAAUCUGUCUUGUUUUAGGACAUCUUAAUGUUUCUUACCUUCCCCUUCCACUAAUUAUUCUUACCUGUUGUAAAACUCUUGUGAGAACUCACGUAAAUUAACAGUUUUUGGUCCUGACGUGCUUAUUAUUUUAUUGAUGUUAAUUCAGUUGAACAGUCUGCUGUUCUUUAUUUGUCUUCAUUUAUUUUUAAUGUUGAUCUUGCAGUCAGAUGAAGCAAUAUGUUUUACCAUCUAGAUGCCGCAUUUGAUACAUUGUUGCCUUUUGUAAUCAACAGUAAAAUAAAAAUUGCUGUGAUUUUUUUGAAUGAAAA